CUGAUAUAAUUAUUGACUCCACCUAUGGCUAUUACUUGACAAUACUUGUAACCGGAACCUAGUACGAAGGAAGAAGAGAAUAGAGAUGUCCCGUGAAUCUAGUUCUUUGAGUGAAAGCAGUAUUGAUGAGUCUCAGAACGGAUUGGUGAUCAGUGGAGAGUCUGAUACUAGUAGCAUUAACAGUGGUCAUAUUUUUGUGACGGAUUCUGAAGAUGAGCAAUUUACACUUGAGAAGUUACAACGUACCCGUAAGAGAUUAGCUGAUGAAAUUAAGCUGAUGGAAGAAGAACUGACCAUCAUUGGACAGGAAUCAAACUUUGUGUCAGAGUGCGAGCUUUUAGUUCAAGAUCAUGAUGACACGACUUUAACUCGAAGUCUUAGGACUGGCCGAAAAAAGUUUAAUCGUGAUCCUAAAGAUGGAAUGAAAUAUCUCAUAGAAAAGAAUGUGGUAAAUGAUACGUCAGAAGAUGUUGCUAUGUUUCUACAUACUGGAGAAUUACUUGACAAAAGUGCGAUUGGAACAUUUCUUGGUGAAGGUAAAAAUUAUUAUAUUGGUGUUCUUCGGAAUUUUGUUGUGCUUUAUGACUUUGCUGAUAUGAACUUGGUUGAUGCUUUAAGGAGUUUCUUGUCUGGUUUUCGAUUACCUGGUGAAGCACAAAAAAUUGAUCGAAUGAUGGAGUUGUUUGCACAGAGAUAUUGUUAUUGUAAUCCUGAUGUUUUUAAGAACCCUGAUUCCUGCUACGUGCUGUCUUUCUCUGUAAUAAUGCUCAAUACAAGCUUGCAUAAUCCUAAUGUUAGGGAAAAGCCAACGAUUGAUCAUUUUAUAUCUAUGAAUAGAGGAAUUAAUGAUGGAAGUGAUUUUCCAACUGAAAUGCUAAAGAAUUUGUAUGAUUGUAUUAAGACUGAUCCUUUUGAGAUUCAUGAUGGAGCUGAUGACCUCACACAGGUUUUUUUUAAUCCUGAUUAUGAAGGUUACUUAAUCAAGGAAGGUGGUAAACACAAAAGCUGGUGUAAGCGUUGGUUUAUUCUAUCUGACAAUUGUCUCUACUAUUUCAAGAGUCCCGGAGAUAAGGAACCAAGAGGAAUAAUCCCAUUAGAAAACUUGGAAGUAAAGCAAUGUCAUGACCUUAGGAGGCCAUAUUGCUUUGAAAUAAUAUCAGUUCCAGCAAUGCAAUAUAUUCAAAAGGGUACAAUUAAAGCAUGCAAAACUACUGGACAAGGAAAAGUAGUUACUGGCAAUCAUCAAGUGUAUCGAAUUCAAGCUUCUUCUGCAGAAGAAAUGAUGGAGUGGAUGCAGAGAAUUAAUGCCAGCAUUGCUUCAAAUCCAUUUAUUGAAAUGCUACAAGAACGAAGGCAACGUGUUAGCAACAGAGGUCCUGUUAUACUGUGAAUAAUUAUUACUUUGAUUUAAAUUCUGCUGAUGUAAUAAACUUUAUUUUAAUGUCGUUCAUUGCAUGUAAAAUUCAAAA